CUCCCCCAGGCCGUGCCCGGUCCGUGUUUCAGCGCACGGCCGGUGUUGCACCAUCUUCCAGGCGGUGCAAACUCAAGUGGGUGUCGCUGGUGGCGCUGGGGCAGCAAUGAGGCAGCGGUAAAGAAACCUACCCAGCAGCGUCCUCGCCACCUGAUACAGAAAGAUGUCUUCAUCAGCAAACAUCAGAAUUGGAUGUUUAUCAUCCCUGUGCACAAUGAUGUGAGUGUAAGCUGCACAGUGCACUGAGCCCAUUGACACUAAUUAAAUCCAGAGAACCUCAAGCAUCUGGACUGCCUGAGUACAUAAAGAUUGUAGAAGUUGGACCAAGGGAUGGAUUACAAAAUGAAAAGGUGAUAGUCCCAACUGAUAUAAAAAUUGAGUUAAUCAACCGGCUUUCCAAAACAGGCCUGCCUGUAGUAGAAGUGACCAGUUUUGUUUCAUCCAAAUGGGUGCCUCAGAUGGCAGAUCACAAAGAAGUAAUGAGGGGCAUUGAGCGGCAUCCUGGAGUCCAGUAUCCGGUUCUCACGCCUAAUCUUCAAGGUUUUCACACUGCUAUUGCAGCAGGAGCUACAGAAGUCUCAGUAUUUGGCGCAGCAUCUGAAUCUUUUAGCAAAAUGAAUAUUAAUUGUUCAAUUGAAGAAAGCAUAGAAAAGUUUGAAGAAGUUGCUAAAUCUGCAAGGAAUAUGAAUAUUCCAGUGCGUGGGUAUGUGUCGUGUGCGCUGGGAUGCCCAUAUGAAGGAAAUAUCACACCAGCUAAAGUGGCAGAAGUAUCUAAGCGCCUGUACAGUAUGGGCUGUUAUGAAAUCUCUCUGGGAGAUACAAUUGGUGUGGGGACUCCUGGAAGUAUGAAAAAAAUGUUGGAAGCUGUUAUGAAAGAAAUUCCUCUGAGCGCUCUUGCUGUUCACUGUCAUGACACGUAUGGGCAGGCAUUAGCCAAUAUCCUCACAGCCAUACAGAUGGGAGUUUCUGUAGUGGAUUCAUCUGUUUCAGGACUUGGUGGUUGUCCCUAUGCAAAAGGUGCUACUGGAAAUGUAGCCACAGAGGAUGUGAUAUACAUGCUUAAUGGUCUGGGAAUCAAUACAGGAGUAAAUCUUUAUGCAGUGAUGGAAGCUGGAAAUUUCAUCUGCACAGCUUUGAACAAGAAAACAAACUCAAAGGUUGCACAAGCUUCCUUCAAUACUGGGACUGUCAAUUAAAUGGAUUUUUUUUUUUGCAGCUUGAUCACAUUUUUCAUCUACCUUGACCAAGGACAUUUGUAUCAGGAAAGCAAACAUAAGAAAACCACUUCAGCAAAGAAGCAAAAUAGAAUAUAUAAUUUUUUAAUUAUGGGAAGAAUUAUUGUACUGUACUGUCUUGUUAAGAAUUGUCUGAUUUGUAAGUAAGAAAUAAAUGAUUGUAGUAGAGAACCACAUGCUUGGUUCUUCUACAGAGGAAAAGAAAUGAAUUUUUAGUUCUUUUCAGGAAAACUGGAUAGAAACAGUGAAUACAUAGUUAAUUUUUAAUCAAGAUGACUUUCAGAACAGUACAAAUAUCUGCAGUAGUUUAUGAGAUCCCAUGCUGUGUGUGGCCAUUCUAUUGUGUUUUAUUUAUCUGAAUCUUUACUUUUCAUCUGUCAAGUUACUUGUGUUAUGAACAUGGAGACAAAUCUGAAUUCACCAUAAGAAUUUUUUAGCAAUAGAACUUUUUUUAAUUUUGUUUUGUUUAACAUCUGUGAAAUUAUAGAUAACUUUAGUUUGUUCCAAGACAUUGUGGUGAGUGACAGUCUGCCAGAUCCUUCAAAUAUAAUGCAAAUUUCCUUA